AUGGAGGAGGAAGUAGGAGACGUGAUCUUGACGUGCGACAUGGAGGCAGCCGGACCUCUGAGACUGAAGAUCGACAGCUUCGAAGGAAGCAAGGAGGACCUGACCAGCGGCAUCCACCCCGAGAAUGCAGAGAGUCUCCUCGCCAACCUGUUUGUGGAAGCUCAGAUCAUGGAGGGAGAGACAGCGGUGGGUCUUCCCUCCCGCACAUGCUACACAUCCUACGGGAACCAGUGUCGCUGGAACGACCUGCUGACCUUCAACCACGUGAGGUACUGGCAUCUUCCUAGGGACGCCGCCGUCCACCUCACGCUGCGAGCGCUCUAUGCUCCGAGGAAGUACGUGUCGCUGGGGGAAGCGUCGUUCAGGCUGUUCAGCAAGAAAGGACGGCUGAAGAGCGGGAGGAAGAAGAUCCAGGUGGAGUUCUACCAUGGCAACGAGACGACCAUGGACGCGCAGCAGCUGUCGCCUCCGCCUCACGCGCUGAAGAAGCAUGGAGGAAGCGUUCCGAGCAUGGAGAAGCUGGAGAAGCUGAUGCAGCGGUACGAUCGCAACGCGAUGGAGCGAGUGCCAUGGCUGGACGUGCUUGCCUUCAGGAGGAUCCAGCAGCUCAACAAGGACGUCGGAGACGGGACUUGUCGCCCGACCAUCACGGUUGAGAUGGAGAGGUGGGACCGGACGGUGAUGUACGGGGUCAGGCCCUACACGCAGAUACCGAGCGGAGGGAACUCGCUGCUGCCCGAUCCUGAGCUCGGGUGCGACAACCCCGUCGAGCACAAGCAUCGCAAGCUCGCGCGAUCUCUGCACAGGGCUCACCAGGACCGCAACCUGCAGCCUGACGCGGAGGAGCGACGGCAGAUAGAAACUCUCCUCAAGGCCCCAUGGGACUGGGCAGACCUGACAGGGGUGAAGAUGAACGUGGAGCACAAGGAGCUGCUGUGGCGGUACCGGUUUGCUCUGACCAAGGAGAACAAGGCUCUGACCAAGUGCUUGAUCUGCGUGGACUGGAAUGACGAGGAGGAGGCGGACCAGGCGGUGGAUCUACUGCAGGAGUGGCAGAAGCAGGUGACGAUCGACAUCAACGACGCGCUGCAGAUGCUGUCAGCCGCCUUCACGCACCCCAAGGUGAGGGAGGCAGCGGCGAGGAGAGUGGCGAUCGCGGACGACCAGGAGCUGCUCGGCUAUCUGCUGCAGCUGGUGCAGGCGCUGCGAUACGAGGGAGGAGGAAGGGAGGGGGGCGACAGCCUGCUGAACCUGCUCAUCGAACGAGCGAGCAACAACCUGGAGAUCGCCAACUACCUCCAUUGGUACAUCUUCUGCCAGCAGCUUGUGGAGGCGGACGGGAAGGAGGCGCGGGGGCGGCAGAAGCACUAUGAGCGAGCGCAGAGGAAGCUGAUGAACAAGCUUGAGAGCACGGAGAAGGGGAGGUCGAUCAUCACGGUGCUAGAGCAGCAGCACGACCUUGUUACCUUCCUGACGAAGCUCGCGCAAGAGAUCAAGAACAUGAGAGACAGCAGGCAGAGGAAGGUAGAACGACUCAAGUCAGCCCUGGCCUCGACCCACUCGAUGAUCUUCGGGUCUGCCGGAGGGUCAGCGGGAGGAGGAGGAGGAGGAGGAGUACGUCUCAACAUGAACCCCAACAUCAUCGCCGUCGGUCUGCAUGCGGAAGACGCUGAGGUCUUCAAGAGCGCGAUGAUGCCGCUGGGGAUCUCGUUCCUGACCAACACGCCGCAACCAGACGUGAAGGCGGCUGAUCGCAUCCAGUACAAGUAUCGCAUCAUCUUCAAGGACGGCGACGACCUCCGUCAGGACCAGCUGGUGUUGCAGAUGCUGAGGCUGAUGGACAGGGAGCUGAAGAACUCCGGACUUGACCUGAAGCUGACGCCUUACCGAGCGCUUGCGACGUCACCUUCGACAGGGAUGGUGGAGCGGGUGGACUCAUACCCGCUGUCAAAGAUUCUAGCAGAGUUUCUACGUCAGCACCAUCCCGAUCGGUCGGGCCCGUUUGGGAUCGCAGCGGAGGUGAUGGACAAUUACGUCAAGAGCUCAGCAGGAUAUUGUGUCGUCACCUACUUGCUGGGAGUAGGAGGGUAUCUCUUUCACAUUGACUUCGGAUACAUCCUCGGGCGAGACCCGAAACCUCUUCCUCCUCCCUUCAAGCUCGUCAAAGAGAUGGUCGACGCCAUGGGCGGGCAGCAGAGUCAGCAUUAUCGUCUCUUCCAGCAGUACUGCAGUGAAGCCUACAUCAUCUUGCGUCGACGAGCAGAGUUCUUCAUCAACCUGAUGAUGCUGAUGAAGGACGCCAACAUCCCGGACAUCUCAGGGGUGCCAGGAAGACCUGAAGACCCUGAGCGACAACUGUACAAGGCUCUGAUCUAUCAAAGUCAGACAGCGUUUGUACCUCAGAUGCUGGAAUGGGCGCACAAGCUGAAACAAGACUACUGGACUGCAUGA